AUGCGAUUGCCAUCACUCGUCAUCAAAAAAAACGAUCACCACACAAGUACGGCAAGCACGAGGGCUGAUUGCCAAGCGUUGAAUACAUCUGUUAGCGCUGUUGAGCAUUUACAGCCUCCUCUACGAUCCGUAAUAGCAUCCAAGGGGAUUAGGCUAUCACAAUCUUCAAGGGCGAGAUCAAGCUCGCAUUCAGGCUCAAGCUCGAGUACAAGCUCAAGCUCGAGUUCAGGCUCAAGCUCGAGUUCUGGCUCGAGCACCAGCUCGGGAUCCAGGUUGGGAUGUGGCUCUGACAAAAGUUCAAGAAAGAGGAAAUCUGAUGAUGAAGCAAUCAAUGGUAUAGGUGGUAAAAGGAUGACAAUCACAUCAUCUCAAGAGAGCGAAAAAUCAGCAGAAAAGAAGGAACGGAGAAAACUUUCGUUGUCUUUAAAAAAGACUGAUCUACCACCACCAUCUCCGCGACAGCAGCCAUCACCACAGCCUCUCUAUCAAGCAGAUCAACCGAUGCCACAUCAGCAUCAACAAGAACAGCAAAUGCCACUACAGCAACGAGCACGACCGCGUAUAUUGCAAGACGAAAUGCUCAACGAUCCGCUUAUCGUGUUCGAUAAGAAAGCAAAUAUGCGAAAAAUCUGA